UCUUUGCAUUACUUUUUUUUUUUUUUACAUGCAGCUACUACCAUCAUGCAAAUGUAGUAUGUAUUAUUCUGUACAGCCUUUAGGUAGAGCAGGUAACAUCAACCGCUUGUUAUGGGACUAGGCCCACUUUCGAGUCGCUUUUCUUCUGAGGACACUCCCUACCACUGUCCGACGUCACCGACCAGGAGUGAAUGGUCUCUGUAAAAAUACAUGGAAUUGAUGAAAGGGAAAGGCUCAGGGCUGUACGAAACAUGAUCGUUUUUUCUAUUUGUAUUAUAGGCAAACGUGGAGCGGAAUAAUCGACGUUUUCCUAUUCAUGAAGGCACACGGAUGACGAGUUUUUCCGUUUUGUAAAGUAAACAUGCGAUUUGUGUUGCGUGUUUUUUCGUGUUGUUUUUUUGUUGUUGUUGCGAGUGAGAGAUAACUGUAUUCAUGUCUAGCGGAUUGGAAUGAAAGUCCGCCAUAUUCUGCUUUACCACGCCCGGGAGUCGAGCUAUUGGAAAUAAAGCGGACACGUUUAUUCAUGUAUUUUUUUUCAUCAAACGGAUGAUAUGAUAGGACUAUAUUGGACGUAGGAUAUGAAGACAUGCCUUUUAAUAAAAUACGUGAAAAGGAUGACUGGGCAAGAAUGAGAAUGCUUAUCACAAAGACUACGGACGGAUCUGUUGAUCAUAUUUAGAAGAGAAUUCACACUACCCAUUACCCAAUUAGAAUUUUACUGACAUCUAGUUAACUCCCCGAGCCACUGUCUUCUGACUGACAGGCGAUCAGAAAGGACACGAAACGGGGGUCAACACAAAUAUACAUUUUAUUUUCACCACAUCUAGGCUAUGUCCAAUUUAUAUUAAACGCGUCCAUGUUUUUUUCUGCAGCUGUGAGGGCGUGAUAUGAUAUUCGUUAACUGUUAUAAUUUAUUGCAAAUGGAAUCUGCAUAAAGAAGCAGGAAAAGUGAUUUUAAAAGAAUGACCCUUGACUCCAUAAUGGCGUGUUGCCUCAGCGAGGAGGCGAAAGAAGCCAGGCGGAUCAACGACGAGAUCGAAAGGCAGCUCCGCCGGGAUAAGAGGGAUGCUCGGCGGGAGUUGAAGCUGUUGCUUCUCGGUACUGGAGAGAGUGGGAAGAGCACCUUCAUUAAACAGAUGAGAAUCAUCCAUGGCACGGGCUACUCAGAGGAGGACAAGCGCGGCUUCACCAAGCUGGUGUACCAGAACAUCUUCACUUCCAUGCAGUCCAUGAUCCGCGCCACGGAGACCCUCAUGAUCCCUUACAAAUAUGAGCACAACAAGGGCAACGCUAACGUGGUCCAAGAGGUGGACGUGGAGAAAGUCUACACGUUUGAGAACCCCUACAUAAACGCCAUCAAGUGUUUAUGGAAUGACCCGGGCAUCCAGGAGGCUUACGACAGGAGACGGGAGUACCAGCUGUCGGACUCCACCAAAUAUUACAUGAAUGCGUUGGACCGGAUCGCAGAGACCUCUUACCUGCCCACCCAGCAGGAUGUGCUGAGGGUUAGGGUCCCCACUACGGGCAUCAUCGAGUACCCCUUUGACCUCCAGAGUGUCAUCUUCAGGAUGGUGGACGUGGGGGGUCAGAGGUCAGAGAGGAGGAAGUGGAUCCACUGCUUUGAGAACGUCACAUCCAUCAUGUUUCUGGUGGCACUCAGCGAGUAUGACCAGGUGCUCGUAGAAUCUGAUAACGAGAACCGAAUGGAGGAGAGCAAAGCCUUGUUUAGGACCAUCAUCACAUAUCCCUGGUUCCAGAACUCCUCUGUCAUCCUCUUCCUCAACAAGAAGGAUCUACUGGAGGAGAAGAUCAAUUACUCCCACCUGGUUGACUACUUCCCGGAGUAUGACGGUCCCCAGAGAGACGCCCAGGCGGGCCGCGAGUUCAUCCUGAAGAUGUUUGUGGACCUGAACCCGGACAGCGACAAGAUCAUCUACUCUCACUUCACCUGCGCCACGGACACAGAGAACAUCCGCUUUGUUUUCGCCGCCGUCAAAGACACCAUCCUGCAGCUCAACCUGAAGGAGUACAACCUGGUGUGAAAGCCAUAGAGUUAGAAUCCUAGAAGGGACUUCUUCGGCAUGAGCGGAGCACGACUGGGGCCGAGACCCUUCUCCAACAUUGACUGACUGAAUGUCAAACUGACUGUCAAAACAAACAUCUAAUGGUUGCAUAAUGCUAAUUUAUUGCCAUUGUUGACCCUUCCUUUCUUUUGUCAGCACCGUUCCUCCAAUUGUUUUAGGCUAAGCGUUGUGACUUUUUAUUUUGAAGACACUGAAAGUGACAGCUGGGUUUUGUCCAGCUCUGAUCUUGAUUCCAAGGUGCUCCUGCCUUCUGUGUUUCUGAUUCGACCCAGUCGGUCCUUUCCACCGCCAGUAUGUGGCGUCCAUUCUUCUGCCUAAUACUUCUUUUCCUCAGAAAAGGUGAAAAGGGUUGAUACUGUGAUUUUUUUUUUAAAAUGAUUGUUUUUCAUUAUUGCAUCAAAUGAUUUGGUAGCGUUUGACGUGGGAGUCGUUUGAGCCACACAGCAUGGCGGGAGGUUAGCCGUGUAACUAGGUUGUGGAGUGAGCACCAUGAUACUCAUUGUCCAUCACAGGCCCCGGGGUCAGGAAAAGGUUAUUGAUGAGACAGUGUUGACGUCGCGCUGUGCCACGCUCACUUUUUUAAGGUCCUGUUUAUUGCCUAUGCCAAAAGGACGUACAGUAAGGUUAACUCGACGCUCCGCUUUGCACAGUUAACUAGAAAGUGUAAUUAGAAGCGCGACGGGACACAGCCUUUUGAAGGCACCAAGAGUUGCCAAUGCACACGUGACCAUUUUAAAGUGUUUUCCCCCCGUUUUUGGUUAUACACUCCUCCCCCAUCUCGUAUUCAUCGUUGAAUGCCAAACCACUCGUUUGAGUCAGUAUGCCAAGCCUGACAAAACACACAUUCACUGGAGUUCAUAGAGUUGUGUUGUUAAUGCCAAAUUGAGUGGCCAGCCGUUUUGUGGUCAUUGUAUGGAAAUUAUAAUACUAUUGACAGUAGAAGCUGACGUCCUCUUGUGACCAGCUGUGACCAGUUGUGAUUAUGUGGUCGGUUGUAUUCCAUAGGCCCUUUUUCUCCAAGUCUUGGGUUUGGUACACCUUACACAGUACGAAAUGGUUAUUUUCUUUUGACCAGACGGAGGCGGGGACCAGGGGGAUGGAGGACCUUGCUCUAUUACUGAUGAGUCACACAGAUUCAGUUGUGAGAAUCUGCUUUUGUCAAGGGCUCUUCUCUCGUAGAGGGGCUGCUAGUCUUCUCUCACUGCCUGGACUGAGCUGGGCCACCGCAAAGGCAGCUGUGGCAGCCAAUCACAGUGCCAGUGUCUCGCAUAGACUGAGAAAUCACAAUGCAGCUCUGUCCUUUUGACUGUCCAAUUACAGGCUAGCUGUCUGACUGUUUUAGUUUGUUAGCAGUGGAGAUGAUUAGCCGUUUCCCACGUUCAAAGGGGCAGUGGCUCUGACUCCCAGUUAUUUCUCUGAGUAUAUACAUUUGUUGUAACAAUUCCCUAAACAUAACCCUGUAAUUGACAUUUUAUUGAGGUAUAGUGCAAUUAUGAAUGCUAUAAUCAUUUUACAUACAUCUCUCUCAUAUAUGUAUGUAUGUAUGUAUGUAUGUAUAUAUAUAUAUAUAUAUGUAUGUAUAUGGCAGCAUCCAUGUUGGCUUUGUAGUCAUUAUUUUUUGGCAGAUUGAAUGUGCGGUAUUGAAAAAAUGUAUCUAUGUAAUUGUAUUGUAUGUCUAAUGUAUGGCUAAUUCGUUUGGGGGGAAAAAUAUUUACGUUUGUUUGUUUUUAAAAGGAGAAUGUAUAUGUUUUCGCCAGUUCAUUUCUCAACAAGAAAUGAAGUGCAGUUUCAGAACUGCUUAAGGAGUAAUCAAUAUGAUCUAACGAAACGAUAUGCCAGAAGCUGCAAUCGCUUUUGCUAAUUGACUUUCGUAUAAAAAAACUGCAGACUCAAAUUCCAGAGCUAAUUCCAUUGGUUUAAAUCUAAAUACUGGCUUCAGGAAAAGAGCACUUGUCAUGUAGGAAUGACCACAUCAUGCAUUCUCCGACUCCUUUCUUUAUUUGACUACAUUUGUUAGCUAUUUUAUUUAUUCAAACAGGGCCUUGGAGACAGCACUCUGCAGUUUCCCCAUUUCCCCUUGUCAUCCCCACACUGGGACUGUGCGUUCCGUUGGGGCUAAUUGUUCAUUGGCCAUUUAACGUAAUGCUGCACCCCCUGAGGUUUCUUAUGUUAACAUUUAAGACUGAGCUGUGGCCAGGAGGACACUGCUCCAAUGCCCAGUAAGAACAAGCCAUUCGCCUCUCAAAAACACCUUCCAGUGUCUUUUUGCUGUCGAGGGUCCACGAAAACCACCUCUACAUUCGAACCACCCCCUAGUCCCUACAUGCUUGAACUUAUCCUGGGUCGUGUUCAUUAUGCAUGCAACAAAAAUGUUUUUUUAACAACAGAACAAAAAAAGAGUUUUUCUUAUUGGACAAAGCCCGGUUUCAGUUGAUGUUUUACGUUUGGUGCCUAUUCAACGGAGUUAAGAACGUAUGGUAAAUUCAUUCCUCAGCUAGCGUAAAAUGUCGCCAAUGGAGCUAACCAACUGGUACCUUUUUGUAUAGCUCAAAUGGUUUGCACGUUGUCAAGCGGGCGGUCACGUGUGUUGGCAAGGUAGAGGACCCUGGUUCAGUCAGAGGCAAGUUCUGGGAGGCAGCGCUAUAUGCUAAGCUAGCACACUGAUGCCAGCUACACAUAAUAAACACGACCUAGUGCGUUCAGAUCUAUAACACUGAAGGGGUAGGGGGCUAGGGGAUGGAACAUGUGGGCACUUGAUUACUGGGGUGGGUGAUGGGUUAGAAUGCAGGUCGGGGACCAAAUGUGGCACUUGCCAAAAAAAGAAUGUGCACCACGCUCACAAUAUGCUAGGAACCCAAAUUUGUUUGAAUGGAUAUAUUAAUGGAUGGUACACUAAUAAAAGCUUUUGCUUUUGUUUUGAUGGCCA